UAUUGAAAGGCGAAGAACGUCAUAAUGAACUUAACAAUGUCCAUUUUAAUUGUCAUUAUAAUGAUUUUUUUAACAAAAUCUAUGAAGUUUCUUGUUCGCCUGAACCUUGUUGUUAUACUUUUUAUUCUAAGUUUCGUUGUAACGAAACUGAUAUAAUAGGAGAUGGAUGCAACACAAAUCGCUAUGAUCCUCCAAUCCAAUUUGCAUCAAUUAGUUUUACAUGUGAACAGGACCAAGAACAAGA